GCCCCGCCGCCGCCGCCCCGGCCCCCUCGGAUGAGUGUAUAUAUUCCCGAGCCGGUGACUGGACGCCGAUGAGUGGCUGCGCCGAGAGAGCCGGAGCGGGGCUGAGCGUGGCCUGGGCGAGCAGAGAUUUAUAGGUGCAAAAAUUACAUUGUUGUCACAAAACUUGGCUACAAGAACAUUAUGAAUGUUAAUGAUCUCCGACUCAGGUUGUCCAAAGCUGGACAAGAACACCUGCUACAGUUCUGGAAUGAGCUGGAAGAAGCUCAGCAGGCAGAACUUUACACAGAGCUCCAGGCAAUGAACUUUGAGGAACUCAAUCUCUUUUUCCAAAAGGCCAUUGAUGGAUUUAAUCAGUCAUCUCACCAAGAGAAAGUGGACGCACGGAUGGAACCGGUCCCUCGAGAGGUGUUGGGCAGUGCCACGAGGGAUCAAGAUCAGCUGCAAACCUGGGAAAGUGAAGGACUUUUCCAGAUUUCUCAGAACAAAGUGGCAGUCCUUCUUCUAGCUGGUGGGCAGGGGACGAGGCUUGGCGUUGCAUAUCCCAAGGGCAUGUAUGAUGUUGGUUUGCCAUCUCACAAGACACUUUUUCAGAUUCAAGCGGAGCGUAUCCUGAAGCUCCAGCAGUUAGCUGAAAAAUGUUAUGGCAACAAAUGCGUCAUUCCAUGGUAUAUAAUGACCAGUGGCAGAACAAUGGAAUCUACACAAGAAUUCUUCACAAAGCACAAGUACUUUGGUUUAAAAAAGGAGAAUGUGAUCUUUUUUCAGCAGGGAAUGCUUCCUGCUAUGAGUUUUGAUGGGAAAGUUAUUUUGGAAGAGAAGAAUAAACUUUCUAUGGCUCCAGAUGGCAAUGGUGGGCUGUACCGGGCCCUGGCAGCUGAGAGCAUUGUGGAGGACAUGGAGCGGAGAGGCCUCCGGAUCGUUCAUGUCUACUGUGUGGACAACAUCCUCGUCAAGGUGGCAGACCCACGCUUCAUUGGCUUCUGCAUCCAGAAAGGAGCUGACUGCGGGGCGAAGGUAGUGGAGAAAACCAACCCUACAGAACCAGUUGGGGUGGUCUGCCGCGUGGAUGGAGUGUACCAGGUGGUCGAAUACAGUGAGAUCUCCCUGGCAACAGCUCAGAAGCGAAGCUCGGAUGGACGACUGAUGUUCAACGCGGGGAACAUUGCCAACCAUUUCUUCACUGUGCCGUUUCUGAAAGAUGUUGUCAAUAUUUAUGAACCUCAGUUGCAGCAUCAUGUGGCUCAAAAGAAGAUUCCGUAUGUGGAUUCCAAGGGGCAGUUAAUCAAGCCAGACAAACCAAAUGGAAUAAAGAUGGAGAAAUUUGUCUUUGACAUCUUCCAGUUUGCAAAGAGGUUUGUGGUGUAUGAGGUGUUACGGGAAGAUGAGUUUUCCCCGCUCAAGAAUGCAGACAGUCAGAAUGGCAAGGACAACCCGACUACUGCCAGGCACGCGCUGAUGUCCCUGCAUCACUGCUGGGUGCUCAAUGCAGGGGGCCACUUCAUAGAUGAAAAUGGCUCUCGCCUGCCCGCAAUUCCCCGCAGUGCUACAAAUGGGAAGUCAGAGACCAUCACAGCCGAUGCCAAUCACAACUUGAAAGAUGCCAACGAUGUCCCGAUCCAAUGUGAAAUCUCUCCUCUCAUCUCCUAUGCCGGAGAGGGUCUAGAAAGUUAUGUGGCAGAUAAAGAAUUUCAUGCACCUUUAAUCAUUGAUGAGAAUGGAGUCCAUGAGCUGGUGAAAAAUGGCAUAUAAGUAAGACGCCGAGUGCCACCACGAGAAGAAUAGCUUUUGUUUUUGGUAGACCAGCUGUGAACCUGCAGGGUGUCUGCUAGGGACCCACAUUGCAAUAUCUACGGAGAUUGACUUUACUCAUUGAACUCUUAGA